AUCUUUGUACGCAUGCGCGAGUGGUUGUGUGGCAACAAAACAAACAGUAUGGCGGGCUGUAAAGACGCGACGAGCACUUUCAAGAGAGUUAGCGGGCGAAAUCCACAAUAUAUAAGCACUUUAACAUCUGAAGACCGGAGGAGGUUUGGAGAGAAGCUCAAAAUUUGUAUUGGUGACAAAAUUGAAGUUAUUCAAAGCCCAUAUGAGAUCUGGGAUGACAAAAAACGUUGGUCCGACUCGCCGGUGUCUUGGCCACCAAUCUGCUGGGGAGACAUUUAUUCUUAUUUAAUAGAAACCCCUGGACCCUUCACUCAUGAAAGAUUAAAGGCUUUCAAAAGUCUGGAGGCCUAUGAUUAUUUUGUUUCUCGUAAAGUAGGGCCGAUCUUUUCUGUCAAACAGAAAGCAGUGAUCGUGCUAAAAGCAGAGGUUAGACCUGGCCAAGCAGAGUCACAGCGUGAUUCGCAUCUCCCGUGGGUGAUCGCCAAAGAGAACGGCGAAAUAAUCACUGCUCACUGCGACUGCAAAGCCGGUCUUGGAGAAACAUGCAGUCAUGUAGCAGCUUUAAUGUUUAAAGUAGAAGCAGCUGUCAGGAUAGGACUUACAAAUGCUGCAUGUACUAGUGAGGCUUGCAGAUGGAAUCAAGUUUUUGGAAACAACUCCCUGACAGCACCUGCAGAUGAAAUCAACUUCCACCCCAGUAAGAAAAAAGAGACUUUUCCACGGCCAGCAUGUGAGAAGAAGGGUAGAAUUCCGCUGGCUUGUACCAGAGGGGAUGAGGGAUACAUGGAGACAUAUAGGGGUUUUAUAAGAGAGUUGAAAGAAAUUUGCCCCACUGCUUGCGUAUUUAAGUCCUUGCCAAGAUUGGACCCAGAAGAGACUGAUACAGCAAACAGCGAGACAAAUGACACUGAAGAUGAAGAUAUGGACGUUCCAACACACGUGGAGAAUGCUGGUGAACCCUACCAGGUGUCCGUAACACCACAUCAGGAACCACUGCUCGACCAUCUACUUGCCAAGGAGUCUCCUGGUCCACCACCUUUCCCAUUUAGAGGCACUAGCCUCCAAAGGUGGGGAGAGACUCCACAAGAGAUCUCAGCUCAGCAUAAAGUUUACAUAGAUUCACUCUCUGUGACAUAUGAUCAGGCAAAUAAACUUCAGAAUGAAACAAAACAACAGGCUGAUUGUCCCAAAUGGUUUCUUCUGAAAUACUCAAGACUCACUGCUUCAAAUUUUGGAAAAAUUUGCAAGAAAAUGAGCAGUAAAAAAGCCAAACCAGAACUUGUUGCACGUGACAUGCUUCAUCCAAAGCCCCCCACUGAUUUCCAAAAAAAAAUGCUCUCUUGGGGAAAAGAAAAUGAAAGCGUCGCCAUUCAAGUUUACAAAGGACUAGCACAGAGAAGACAUGUCAUAGUACAUGAAUGUGGCUUGUACAUCAGCCCAGAAGAACCCAUUCUAGCCGCCACUCCUGACAGAGUUUGUUAUGACAGCACAGAGGUCAGCAAGUGGGGAAUCAUUGAGGUGAAAUGUCCAUACAGUGUGCGAGACAAACCCCCAAGUGAGGCAGCAAAAUCUGACAACUUCAUGAGCAAAUUGCAUGAUGGGUGCCCAGAACUCAAACACGACCAUGAGUACUACCACCAAGUACAAGGACAAAUGGCCAUUACUGGCGCUCAGUGGUGCGAUUUUGUCAUUUACACAAAAGCUGGCAUUGCUAUUCAGAGAAUUCCAUUUAACCCCCCGUUUUGGAUGUCAGCUGCUUGCAGAUUACAUAGCUUCUUCUAUUCCUACUUUCUACCCAUGUUCAUUGUAUCACAAGAGUCUGCGAAGUAAUGUAAACAAAACAGU